UCUUGUUGGAACUCCUGGAGUGACACGCCAUCUCAAAUUCUCAACUGUAGAUCCAUUCCAUUCUCAGCUAUUGUGCAUUUCUGAGCUCUCACCGACGCACGGAGACUGAGCAGCAGAAGCCACACACACCUCAAACACACUCAAAUCCGCAAGCCCAUUUCAUUUCAAUGAUUCUCUUGCAGUCCCAUUCAAGAUUUCUCCUUGACAACUUGCUCAAUCGCCUCCAAAACAUCGAAAAAGCAGUGGAGGCGGACUACCACUGGGCCGAGUUCGAUGACGUUCGGUACCAUAUUCAGGUGACGAUGAAGAACCCACAUAUCUUGUUACUUUCUGUAUCGUUGCCCACUCCACCUCAAGAAACCGUGUUCUUGGGUGGGCUUCCGUCUGGAGCUAUAGAGGCUAUAAAGGCUGCAUAUGGUGCGGUUGUUCAAAUUCUUGACCCCCCAAGAGAUGGGUUUAAUCUCACAUUGAAGCUCAAUCUCUCUAAACUCCCUCCAGAUGAAGAGUACAAACAUGCUCUUUUGGUAAAGAUUGCAUCUGUAAGAGAAGUGGUGCUAGGCGCUCCAUUGAGAGGAAUUCUGAAGAAGCUUACUUCAAGGACUGUUGCUUCCAAGACUGAUAGGCUUGUUGCUCUUGUGCAUCGGCCAAACGAGUCCUUUUUCCUUAUUCCUCAGGCAGAGAAAGUGACGAUAAUAUUCCCUAUGAGAUUCAAGGACUCUAUUGAUAUUGUUCUUGCAACUUCCUUCCUGCAGGAAUUUGUGGAAGCAAGACGCAUGGCUGGACUUAAUACUGCCCCCCAUUGUUUGUGGUCUCCUACCCCUCCUUUAGAACUAAAGACUGCCAAUGCAGGAUUUGUCACUUUUGUUAUUUUCCCUCGUCACGUGGAAGGCAAGAAACUGGAUCGAACAGUUUGCAGUUUAUCAACUUUUCAUGCUUAUGUUAGUUAUCAUGUUAAGUGUUCUGAGGGUUUCAUGCAUACAAGGAUGCGGCGUCGCGUGGAAUCUUUGAUUGAGGCUCUUGAUCGUGCUAAGCCUGGUAUGGAGAAUGCAAAGAAUGCUUCUCAAAGUAGAUCAUUCAAACGGCUGAGCCUAAAGGAAGCCAGGACUAAUUCAAACUAAUAAAGGUGUGGUGUGGUAGCCAGAUAGUAAACAGGACGUGCUCCUACUGGACCCCAAGAAAGACAGUCGUCUAAAGAAUUGCUUUGCCUGGGGGAUUUGUCUGCUGCAAGUGCAAAUGGUUGUAUUUGAGUUUAAUUAUCUAAUUAGGUACAAGAGUUUUUGUGACUUUAUAUUUGAUUUAUUUGUGUAGAGCUCAAGACUUCAAGAAUUUUGUUUCAAAUCAAAUUCGAAUUGGAGUUGAAAUGAAUCCGGAUGAAAAAGCUAGACUAAUUUGAAUAUCA